AUGAAUAAAAUACCAUUUUUAAAAAAGAAAGAAGUUGAAGAGGAAAAUCGAACAAUCCGAGCUAAUGAUCCUGAAGCCAAUACUGCAAAAGAAUUUGCUGGUAAUCAAAUAUCGACGUCAAAAUAUAAUUUAAUAACAUUUUUACCUAAAAAUCUUUUUGAACAAUUUCGUCGAUUAGCUAAUGCUUAUUUUUUAUUUCUUCUAUGUUUGCAACUUAUUCCACAAAUUAGUUCAUUAGCACCUGUUACAACUAUUUUACCACUUGUUUUUGUCUUAUCAUUAACUGCAAUAAAAGAUGCUAGUGAUGAUAUUGCAAGGCAUCGUAGUGAUAGUCAAGUAAAUAAUUGUGAAACCAAAACAGUAGUUGGAAAUGAAUUAGUAACUAGGAAAUGGAAAGAUAUUAAAGUGGAUGAUAUGAUACGAUUAGAAAAUAAUGAAUUUGUUACUACUGAUAUUGUUCUUAUAUCAACAAGUGAACCAAAUAGUCUUUGUUAUAUAGAAACAGCUGAAUUAGAUGGUGAAACAAAUCUUAAAGCACGACAAGUUUUAGAAGAAACAUGUGCUCUUGAAGAUCAUAUUGAUCAAUUGUCGAAUUUUCAUGGAAAAACAUUACCAUUAAAAAAUGAUAAUGUUCUUUUACAUGGCACUAGGCUAAGAAAUACACAAUGGGAUUUUGGAAUUGUUUGUUAUGCUGGUCCAGAUACGAAAUUAAUGAAAAAUAAUGGAAAAGCAAAAUUUAAACGAACUAAAAUUGAUUAUUUACUUAAUCGCAUCAUUCUUGGUAUCUUUCUUUUCUUAUUAAUAAUGUGUGCAAUAAUGACAAUCUGUAGUGACUUUUGGGAAUUAUUUGUUGGUUAUGAUUUUUCUAUAUAUUUACCAUGGGAAACAUAUGUAUCUACUAAUCAACAGAUUGAUGCACUUGAAAUAAGUUUAUUAGUAUUUUUAUCAUAUAUAAUUAUAUUAAAUAUUGUUGUAUCAAUAUCACUUUAUGUUAGUGUUGAAUUUAUAUGUUUAUUACAAUCUAAAUGGAUUGAUUGGGAUAUUAAAAUAUAUUAUGAACUAAAUAAUGUACAAGCACAAGCUUGUACAACAACAUUAAAUGAAGAAUUAGGACAAAUUGAAUAUAUUUUUUCGGAUAAAACAGGAACAUUAAUACAGAAUAUAAUGACAUUUAAUAAAUGUUCAAUACGAGAAAAACUUUAUGAUUAUGUAACUGAUGAAGCUGGUAAUGAAAUACAAGAUACUGAAAAAUUAAAACCAAUUGAAUUUGAAGAAAAAGAAAAAGAUGAUUAUUUUCAAUGGUAUAAUCAAAUAUUACUUGAUACUAUUAAAAACAAUGAUAAAGAUGUAAAUAAUUUUUUUGCAUUAUUAUCUCUUUGUCAUACGAUUAUGCCCGAAGAAAAAGAUGGAAAAAUUAUAUAUCAAGCACAAUCAUUUGAUGAAAAUGUACUUGUUUCUGCAUCACGUACAUUUGAUUUUGUAUUUCUUAUUAUUGUUAAAAAAGAUGGAAAAUUAGUUUUAUAUUGUAAAGGUGCUGAUAGUAAAAUAAAAGAACGUUUAGACUCAUCAGAAAAAGAUAUAAUGACUGAAACAGAUGAACAUUUAAAUAAAUUUGCUACGGAAGAUUUUCGUACACUUUAUUUAGCAUAUAGAGAAUUGAAUGAAAGUGAAUAUAGAGAAUGGUCUGAAAAAAUGAAUCAAGCAAAUACGAGUAUGGAAAAACGAGAAGAAAAAGUCAAAGAUGCAUAUGAACAAAUAGAAAAUCAUCUCAAAUUAAUUGGUGCUACAGCUAUCGAAGAUAAAUUACAAGAUGGUGUACCUCAAUGUAUUGAACGUUUAGCAUGUGCUGGUAUUAAAAUUUGGGUUUUAACUGGUGAUAAAAUUGGUUUUGGUUUAUUAAUUACAGGUCAAGCAUUAGGAUAUGCAUUAGAAAAUAAAUUAAAAAUGAAAUUUCUUGAACUUGGUACAAUGUGUAAAGCUGUUGUUUGUUGUCGUGUAACACUAUUACAAAAAGCUCAAGUUAUUGAAUUAGUUAUGCAAAAUGAAAAAAAAACUACAUUAGCUAUUGGUGAUGGUGCUAAUGAUGUAUCAAUGAUACAAAAAGCACAUAUUCGAGUUGGUAUUAGUGGACAAGAAGGUCGACAAGCUGUUUUAGCAAGUGAUUAUAGAUUUGGACAAUUUCGUUUUCUUGAAAGAUUAUUAUUGGUUCAUGUUCGUUGGUCAUAUUUACGAAUUUCAAAAUUUUUACGUUAUUUUUUCUAUAAAAAUUGUGCAUUUACAUUAUGUCAUUUUUGGUUUGGAUUUUUUUCGGGUUUUUCAGCACAAACAAUAUAUGAUCCAUUCUUUGUGGCAGCAUAUAACGUUUUCUUUUCUUCAUUAUCAGUUCUGGCAUUAGGUGUUUUCGAUCAAAAUAUGGAAGUCAAGAAAACUGCUGCACAAUUACUACAAGAGAUCGCCCAAAAACACACGCAAGAAAAGAUUGCAGAUCAACUCAAAAUUGCAUCACUCGAAGUCGAAAAUAAAUUACUUCGUGAAGCAUUAUUCAACAACAAUCAACAAUCAACGUCGUCAUUCAACAACAUGGUUUAUGGUAUUGUUCAAUAUGCUCCGGUGUUAAUUGGCUUAUUAAUGGUUAUUCAUUACUGGAAAUGA